UGAAAAAGAUUAGAUGAUAAGAUCUUGAAAAAUGGCAUUUACAAGUUCCCAAGGGAUGGACGGAAAAUCCCUCAACUACCAACAGAGGGGUACAAAUAAUUCCCCAGUGCCACAAUUAAACCCUCCACCACCAAUACCUCAAAGAUCGCGAAGGUCAGAUCCGCCUUCAAUGGGAUGGAAUAUUCCCGAUUCUACAGUGAAUCAAAAUUUCAUGAAUCCAGCAUCAGACCCAUUUGGAGAUUCAUUCCAAAAUAAUUUUACAGGAAAUUUUUCAAUGCAAAAUAAUACAAGUUCCUCAGGAACUAGCAUACCUAGAAACAAUAGCCCGUUACAAUUGACGAUGCCUAAUCCAAAUCCUAAUCCUUCUUCAAAAGACAGAGACUCUUUGAUAGCUCUGUCACCUGACCAACCCACAGUUACACAUCAAAAGGACUUUAGUCAUACUAAAUACAGCAUGGAUUUACAAGGGCUAUCUUUUGACAAUUCAGGAAGUAACGAAAAUGUUAAUAAGAUAUCAUCAAGUUCGUCAUCUGAAAAUUUGUCUUCCAAUCCAAACAACCCGGCAUAUCCUGAUAUUAGUCAUGCAUUUAGAGAAGUGAGAAGAGAACCAUCAAGAAACGAUUUUGGUGCUAGAUUACCAACCCCCUGGCAGACAUCUGGACAAACUGGAAAUUAUGGUUGGAACCAAGAACUUUUUAAUCCAAACUUUAAUAAUGCAUCUAAUGAUCCUUGGGCUGUGAGUAGUGCUACAAAUGUGACUGCUUCUGGACCCCCAUUACCUCCUAGAAAAAGUCUUUCAAAUGCUCCAAACAUUUAUCCUACAAAUUUACAAAUUGGACAUGGACUGGUUCAGGUGCUUCCUAUGCAUCCACCAGCUCCAAAUUUACAACAAACUGGAAAUCAGGCUGUCAUGGCUGGUAAAUUUCAACAUCAGUUUUCUCAACCACAUCCUUAUAAUCCUACACCAAACAUUAGUUCUACAAUUAAUGCCAACAGGCCGUCUAGUAUGCAUGGUACUGAUGCAUGGUUGACACACAGACUUAAUGUGCCUCAAGUAGGUAUUCAUAGAACUUCUAGUGCUAGUGAAUUUGACAACAUAAGGGGAAAUAAAAAACAAACAGAUUCUGAAGUUUUUCAGGACAAUUUUCAUAAUCGUGAUUUUGUGGAUGACACGCUACCACGAAGUCGUAAAGGAAGUGAUUUGAUUGAAUUGUCUGAUGAAGAAAGGGAUGAGGUUGAAAAAGAAUAUUUAUCUUUAGAAUCAUUUGAUCCAUUGUAUAGACGGCAAAGAAGCGAGUCUGUCUGUUCAAGAGAAGGUGUUUUGGCGGGAUCACCAAAAGGUGGAUUUCCCUCUUUUGUGUUCGCAGAGGCAACAGAUGUGCAACCUGUUCACAGAGGUAAUAAGGACAGUGGAUAUAGUUCAUCAUUAUAUCCACAAAUUCCAGAUGAGGAUGAUGAGCAGGGAGUUUGUCCAAUGGCCAACCAUGAUGAGCUUGAGAUGUUUCUGAAGAGUGCAAUACCAGUUGAUGAACCUGAACAAGCAGCACCACCUCGUCCACCCCCUCCUAAAUCACAGGAUAAAUCGUUUGAGAGGCUGAGGCAGCACAUGUUUGUUGAUGAUGAGUCCAAUGCAUUCUGUCAGAUGGUAGUGGAGUUGAAAUCCCGGUACAAGUCAACAGAUACAAAGACCAACCUAGGAUUCAUAGUCAGUCCGUUGUGUACCAAACAACAGUGCUCCAUGUCUGUUAAAAUUAUUGUAUACUCUGACUUUAUUACUGAGCCUAUAGUGUUUACAUGUGAAGUUGAAAAUCCAACAGAAAUGGUGAUCAGCCAUGUAUUAUAUAGUUCUUUAGGAGCAUCACAGAAGGAUUUAAACACAUCAGACUUUUUACUAAAGGUUUAUGACAGAUCAGAAUAUCUUCUCAACAAGUUUCCAUUGUGUCGAUAUGAAUAUGUCCAUAACUGCUUAAAGCUUGAUGAAGAUAUAAAGUUUACCCUUAUGAGGAGGCAGGAAGUCUUAUUACCAUUUCUUAGAACUAUUGAUGAUGAUAGCCAAUGCUUGUACUUUCCUAAAGAUUAUGUAAAAACAGAUGAAAUGAUUGCCAACAAGGAACAGAUGGAGAUUUUGCUAAAUGCGUUUUACGUUGAAGUGGAGAAAUUAAGAGACCAUAUUUUAAAGAAUGAGACAGCCCUGAUCAGAUCUCAGCAGCUAAGUCAGGCUGUGAAGGCCAUAUGUUUGACUUUGUGUAAGAUAGAAACGAUGGACAUAACAAAAACUCUACAGAGAGUGGAAAACAUUGUAGCACAGCUCACAAGCCAGGAGAGUCAAGUUUUGUCUAAAGAUACAGAAGACUAUGCCACACAACAAGCUAUUGGUAUGGCAAUUAAAUGUUCAUUGAUAGAAGAAAUGGAAGAGGCUUUAGAACAGCUUCUGAAGGCUGUGAAAGAAUUCAUAAGAAUGUACUGCAUAACAUUCCAUACAGAUUUUCUGAUUGGUUCCACUGUCAAAGCAGACUGGGGCAGCAAAUCAGUAACCACUGUUGAAGAUAAUUUUAUAUUACAUAUAGCAACAGUACACAGAAUUCCUCCGUACUGGUCUACUAAAUAUGAUGAAUAUAAAGUUGUAUGUUCUUUGUACUAUGCUAACAAGAAGAUAGAGCUGGACAGAAUGACAAGUUUUAAAGCCAUCAAUAAUACUGGCCUGUGUGAUAGGAUACUAUGGGACGAAUGGAUUAAUUUUGAAAAAGUGAUAUUAAUGGCCUUGCCAAGGGAGACAAGGCUGUGUCUGACUUUGUAUGGUCAGAAAUCAGUAGCUACUGGAAACAACAGUCCUGCUAUUGCUACUGAUAAAUUACAGACUGUUCUGGGUGGAGUCACUAUACAGCUUUACUCACAGAAAGAAGAGUUGAUACGAGGAAGUCACUUAGUUCCAUUAAGGAUGCAUGCUGCAGCUGAUCCAUUAUUACCUAUUGGUUCUGUUAUACAGAAUGAUACUGUGUUAAUGCAGAUAAAUUUUCCAGAUUUUGGUUGUCAUGUUGAGUUCCCAACAGUUAUGACAUCUAAAAUUUCACAAAAAAAAAGUUUUAAUUCAUUACUACCAGAAAUCCAAGAAGUUAUUAAAACUGUGAUGGAGAAAGAUUGUAUUUCAUCGUGCCAAGCAGAUGAAUUAGGAAUAUUGUGGCAAUAUAGACAUUAUUUAUAUGACUAUUCAAAUCUGUUACCAUGGAUACUACAGGGACAGAUAAACUGGGAUUUUUCACAUUUAUCAGAAAUAUAUGAUUUGUUAGGACUCUGGAAGAAGUUGGAUCCCAUGCAGUCAUUAGAAUUACUGCUUCCUCAACAUUCAGACACACACGUGAGAGAGUUUGCAUGUAGAUGUUUACAGGAUAUGCCAACUGAUGAACUCAUUGAUUUUCUUCCUCAGCUCAUACAGGCAUUGAAGUUUGAAAGUUACCAUGGAUCAGCAUUAGCUAAACUGCUACUGGAGCAAGCUUGUAAAAGUAUCAGAUUUGCUCAUCAGUUAUUUUGGUUGUUAAAAGGUGCGGCUCAAGACCAGGGGUAUAAAAGAAGAUACGAGUUAAUGUUUGUGGCACUGGUCAGUGUGGCUGGGGAUGCUCUAUACCAAGAGUUUAAAAAACAGGAGGAAAUGGUCAAAUGUCUGACACAAACUUCAGAAAGAGUGCAAGUGGCUAAAGACAAAGAUAAUACUCUAAAGAGAGAAUUACAAACAGUUUAUGAGUUAUUCCAUGACAAAGGAGACGUUUUGAUGCCUUACAACCCUGGUAUAUCAGUUUGUGGCCUUGACCUGAAAUCGUGUUCAUAUUUCACAUCAAAUGCUGUUCCAUUAAAACUUGUGUUUAAGAAUUCCAAGGAGCAUGCUGAUCCUGUUUACUCUAUGUUUAAGGUUGGUGAUGAUUUACGACAGGACAUGUUAACCCUACAGAUGAUAAGGAUUAUGGACAGAUUGUGGUUAAAACAAGGACUAGAUCUGAAAAUGAUUACUUUUUCUUGUCUUGCUACUGGACCUAAAAAGGGUAUGGUAGAAAUAGUAACAGAAUCAGACACGUUACGUAAAAUACAAGUAUCAUCUGGGGUCACAGGGUCAUUUAAAGAUCGACCAAUUAAAGAGUGGUUACAGAAACAUAAUCCAACAGAACUGGAAUAUCAGAAGGCGGUAGAAAAUUUCACCAGAUCCUGUGCUGGCUACUGUGUAGCUACUUAUGUACUUGGAAUCUGUGAUCGACACAAUGACAAUAUUAUGUUAAAACAGUCGGGUCACAUGUUCCAUAUAGACUUCAACAAAUUCCUGGGUGAUGCUCAAAUGUUUGGAAAUAUCAAAAGAGAUCGAGUUCCAUUUGUUCUGACAUCUGAUAUGGCCUAUGUUAUCAACAAUGGUGAAAAACAGAACAAUAAGUUCCAGGAGUUUGUUGAUAUGUGUUGUCAAGCCUUCAAUAUCCUUAGAAAGAAUACUAAUCUGUUUCUUAACUUAUUUGCUCUUUUAUCCAAGUCUGGUAUCCCAGGUAUCCAUAAAGAUGCAGCUAGAUAUAUACAGAGAGUACUAUUACCCGGUCAGACAUCAGUUCAGGCCUCAGCUAUAUUUACAAGAAUGAUAGAAGAGAGUCUGAAGUCUGUGUUUGUCCAGUUUAAUUUCUUUAUACAUAACCUAGCUCAGCUCAAGUUUUCCAGCCACCAGGAAGGUGCUCUAUUAUCAUUUGUACCUAAAACUUACAGUUUAAACACAGAUGGUAAAAUAAGUAAAGUUGAAGUCCAUAGUUACCAAAAACGAUAUACUCCAGAAAGACACUAUAUAUUUAUCCUGAGAGUUGAGAGGGACAACCAGAAAGUGCCUAGCUAUGUCUUCCGUCAUUUUUCAGAAUUUGUUGAAUUUAGAAAUAAAUUGAUGGAGAUGUUUCCGUUAAUACCAUGGCCACACCUGUCUAGCAAAGUAGUUUGGGGACGUUCUCACAUUAAAGCUGUAGCAGAUAUAAGGAAAAAAGAAAUAGAAAACUUUUUACAAGAUUUAUGGACAAAGGCUGCAGAAAUAUCUGAGAGUGAUAUUGUUUAUACAUUCUUCCAUCCUUUGCUGAGAGAUGAACAAGAGGCUCAGAAAGAGAAUCUGGGGAUUCAGAAAUUCAGAGAAAGUCAAGUCCAGUUAGUCCCUCAAGGUUCCCCAUUUGGCCAAGUGAAGUUGUCACUUGAAUACAAGAAGAGCACUUUAAUGAUAAUGGUCAUGCAUGCAAAAGAUUUGCCUGGUGGUUCUACCUUACCUAGUCCCUAUGUGAAAAUUUACCUUUUACCAGAUCCAGAUAAACAAACUAAAAGGAAAACUAAAAUUGUAAAAGACUCAACACAUCCAACUUAUAAUGAAGUUAUUGAAUAUAAAAUGUCUGAUACCGAUAUGCGUAUGAAGACUUUACAAGUUAGUGUAUGGGACCAUGAUAUGUUGGGAGAAAACAAUUUAAUAGGUGCUGUCUACAUCAAGUUACGGAACAUUAACCUAGAGGGCGAUAAUGUGCAAUGGUAUAAUUUAGACAGAAUACAGAUAACUGAUGCUUCCAUGUUGGCAUGACAACAGUACAUCCUGAUCUUUGUAAUGUUUUGGUUGGCAUGACAACAGUUCAUCUAGAUCUUUAAAAUGUUUUGUUGCAGAAUUAAGACGAUGAUUUAAGUCUACUUUAUUGAUAAUCUUGAUUUAUAAACAUAUUCUGAGGGACUAUGGGUAACUUCAUGCUUUUGAAAAUAUUACCCAAAAUGCAUUAGAUUCUGAAACAGUGAAUUGGCUACCGGUAUAUUUAUGUAUUAUGGACAAGAAAAGUCAUAUCUAAGAAUUUACAGAUGUAAAUCAAAUAACAGAUUUAAUAAUUAGAAAAAAAACAAUGAAAAACAAAUGGUGCUACCAUAUUUCCAUGACAACAUCUCAUCUGGAUCAGUCAUAAUUUGUUAAUCUUUUUGAAUUAGAAUUAAUUUCAUUUUAAAUCAAUUUCUGGAAUGUUAUUGACGAGAAAAAAUUUCCAGGUAAUUUAUUAAACUUUGGGAUUUUAAAUAAAUUUAAAGAGAAGAGGAAAAAAAUUAAGAAUUUUUAGUAUCUUGGUAUACAAAAAUAUCAUAUCUUUUUUGUUGCACAUGUAUUUCUGUGAUAUUUAUAGUCUACAAAAAGUUCAAAUGGCAAGUUAUUUGUAUGAAAUAUUUACAAGGUUUAAAAAUGGAACUUUUUUUUAUUUUUCUUGUAAAACUUUUCAUAUUUUAAGGCCAAAAAUAUUUUUUUCUCGCCUCAGUAAAAUAAUUUUAAAAUUCAGUUUUAAUGACAUAUUUGUCUGCAUUGAAGCUGAUGGAAAAUGUGUACUUCGUUAAACAUUUAAAUUCUCAGAUCA